AUGCCAGCCGUGGCGAGCUUCAGGGCCCGGGCGUCUGCACCAGCACCCGAGAUGCCGUCCUUCUCCUCCGGUGCUUCUCCGCAGAAGCAGCAGCAUAACGCAAGGAGGAAGCAGCUGAUUCGUCAGCAGAGGAAGUCGCUUCCCAUCACGUCAGUGGAGAAAAGACUUGUCGAUGAGGUGAGGAAGAAUGACACGCUGAUUGUUGUCGGCGAGACCGGUAGUGGCAAAACGACUCAGUUGCCACAGUUUUUGUAUGAUGGUGGGUUUUGUCAGGAUGGAAAAGUGAUUGGCAUCACUCAGCCUCGAAGAGUUGCAGCUGUGACAGUAGCAAAGCGUGUCGCCGAGGAAUGCAAUGAUCAGUUGGGCAGAAAGGUUGGAUACUCUAUAAGAUUUGAUGAUUCCACAUCUAAUGCAACAAGGAUUAAGUACAUGACCGAUGGUUUGCUUCUAAGGGAAGCCCUUUUGGAUCCACUCUUGUCUAAGUAUAGUGUUAUAGUUGUUGACGAGGCCCACGAAAGAACUGUCCAUACUGAUGUAUUGCUGGGUUUGUUGAAAAAAGUGCAGCAUUCCCGAUCUCUUCAUGCGAAUAAAAAUGGAAAGAUUUCUGACAGACCAGAUCACUCUCAAUCUUCUACCCUGAAGGCAUGCCAGGGAAUAAAGAUUGCACCUCUAAAGCUGAUUAUUAUGUCUGCCAGUCUGGAUGCGAAGUGUUUUUCUGAUUAUUUUGGUGGCGCUAAAGCUGUACAUAUUCAAGGACGGCAAUACCCCGUCGACACACUGUAUACUUAUCAGCCUGAGUCGGAUUAUCUAGAUGCUACACUAGUUACGAUCUUUCAGAUCCAUUUGGAGGAAGGACCUGGAGACAUUCUUGCAUUUUUAACUGGUCAAGAGGAGAUUGAAUCCCUAGAGAGGCUUAUUCAAGAGCGUGCUCGUCAACUUCCAGCAGAUAGUAGCAAGAUAUGGAUUACACCUAUCUACUCGUCUCUUCCAUCAGAACAGCAAAUGAAUGCAUUUAAGCCAGCACCUUCUGGAGCCCGGAAGGUAGUUCUAGCAACGAAUAUCGCAGAGACUUCUGUAACAAUACCUGGUAUUAAAUAUGUUAUUGAUCCUGGUAUGGUCAAAGCACGCGCCUACAAUCCUGUAACUGGAAUGGAGUCCCUAAUCAUCAUUCCUGUCUCUAAAGCACAGGCUCUUCAAAGGAGUGGCCGUGCUGGACGUGAGGGGCCAGGGAAGUGCUUUCGGUUGUUCCAAGAAUGUGAGUUCGAUAAACUGGCGGAAUCGACUAUUCCUGAGAUUAAACGAUGUAACCUCGCAAAUGUUGUACUACAACUCAAAGCUCUUGGGAUUGAUGACAUCAUAGGUUUCGAUUUUAUGGAGAAACCAUCAAGGACGUCCAUUUUGAAAUCAUUGGAGCAAUUGAUUUUACUAGGAGCUUUGACUGAUGAUUAUAAGCUGUCAGAUCCAGUGGGUAAACAGAUGGCUAGGCUGCCUUUAGAUCCCAUGUACUCCAAGGCAUUGAUUGUGUCGAGUGAAUUCAAGUGCUUGGAAGAAAUGUUGAUUGUUGUUUCUAUGCUUUCAGUGGAGUCAAUUUUCUUCACCCCACGUGAGAAGUUGGAAGAGGCAAGAGCUGCUAGGAAGAGUUUUGAAAGCUCUGAAGGAGACCAUAUAACUUUGGUGAAUGUAUAUCGAGCUGCCGCAGAAUGCUUGGAAAAGAGCAAAAACGCAAAUGCUAAAGAAAAGACAAUGGAAAAGGCUUUGAACAGAUGGUGCUUCGAAAACUUCAUCAAUUAUCGAUCUUUAAGACAUGCUCGUGAUGUUCACAGCCAAAUCCAGGGUCAUGUCCAACAAAUGGGGCUUAACCUGUCAUCAUGUGGAGACGACAUGGUCCAGUUCCGGAGGUGCCUCACCGCUGCCUUCUUCCUGAACGCAGCAAUGCGACAGCCAGAUGGAUCAUUCAGGCUCUCGCGACGGGGCAGAGCGUGCAGAUGCACCCUUCAUCGGUGCUGUUCCGGACCAAGCCGGACUGCGUCAUCUUCAACGAGCUGGUCCGGACGACGCAGAACUACGUCAAGAACCUCACCCGGAUCGACCCGCUGUGGCUGGCCGAGCUCGCCCCGCAGUACUACGCCACCGAAGACUAGUUUUUCUUCUUUAGCUGUAGUUCCUUGUACUAAGUUGUAA